GACAACCAUGUGGGUUACACCCGCAUAGCAAAAACUCUAUAAAAGAGACAAAAUAACUCCAGAAAGGAGACUAUGAAUAGGACGAAGUUGGACUGAAACUACACACAACAAGAAAAUACAAAUAAAACAACAUAUUUAAUAAACAAUUAGAAUAAAAUCUCUCCUACACCAUGCUAGCAUACCACACCGAUGCUUGAACCGGCAAACGAGCCACACCUUUCAGCACAAAAUUUCAAGAGAGCGGCAAAUCCAAAUCCCAAAGCCAAAAAUUGCGGACACUUGAACCGUCUAGACAGAUCUGGUGAGGAGGCAAUUCUCAGUCUAGAUCUGGUCUCCUAUGAACUUCAACGGUUAUUGGGCAGUAAAAGUUGUAACAGAUGUACAUAAGGUUGGGUGCUUUCGAAAAGAUGAAGAUGCAAAGGGUAAAGAGUGUCGUGACUCAUGACCGAGAAAGGGUCCAUUAUACUAAAUAGGACUCUUUCCAGGGUGUAAACUGUAAAUUGCAAAUUGCUUGUCAAAAAUGCUUUGACUCUGGUAGGAGUGAGACGCUGAGCAGAGCUGGAGUGGAGUGUGAGUUGCAGCAAAAAAUGAACACCGCUGGCAAUAACACCAUGAACCACCGCUUCUCCACCGCGGCACAGGACCUCGAUCCACAUCAAUCACAGCAGCCGCCUCCAACAUCCACGUCCGCCCACCCCUACCACCCUCAACCCCAACCCCAGCCCCAACGCCGCCUCCGAGGCUUUGCAGCCACCAACUCCAACGCGAACACCAUGGCCGUCGGUGCGACUGAAACCAAGAGCAGGAAAGAGAGGGAAAAGGAAAAGGAGCGGACGAAGCUACGGGAGCGGCACCGGAGGGCCAUCACGAGCCGGAUGCUCGCCGGUCUCCGGCAGUACGGCAACUUCCCCCUCCCCUCGCGCGCCGACAUGAAUGACGUCAUCGCCGCACUGGCUCGGGAGGCAGGCUGGACGGUGGAUGCCGACGGGACCACAUACAGGCACUCCUCGCCUGCUCCGCCCCAGCCCCAGCCGCAGCUGCAGCAGCCUCCUAUCGCUCAUUUCAAUUCUUUCCAGAAAAAUAACAUUAUUGACGUUUCUAAUGUGCUCUUAGAUUGUCAUAGUUAUAGGACUAUGUCCCCGUGGCAACAUUCCACCGCUUAUCCCUAUAACUUGUUAUUUGAGCAGGGUCCACAUCCAGUUCAGCCAGUAGAAAGCCCUCUGUAUACGAGCUCUUUAAAAAAUUGUUCCACAAGAUCAUCACUCGAGUGCCAGCCGUCAUCUCUCAGAAUCGACGAGGAUCUAUCUCCCACAUCUCUUGAUUCGAUUGUUGUGGAAAGGAAUGCAAAACUCGAUAAGUAUUCAAGUCCCAGUGCCAUCAACUCCAUUGAGUGUCUGGAAACCGGACAGCUUAUGCAAGAUGUUGGCUGUAGGGAGCAUGGAACUGGUCCUUCAACACCCUAUAUCCCUGUUUACGCGAGGCUUACUACUGGCUUGAUCAACAAUUUCUGUCAGUUGAUGAACCCGGAAGGAAUUAAAGAAGAACUACAUAAUCUGAAGUCGCUGUGUGUUGAUGGCAUUAUUGUGGACUGUUGGUGGGGAGUUGUUGAGGCUUGGACACCAAAGAAGUACGAGUGGUCUGGAUACAGGGAAAUGUUUAACAUUAUCCAGGAAUUUGGGAUGAAAUUGCAGGUGGUGAUGGCGUUUCACGAAUACGGUGGACAAGAUUCUGGUGGCAUAUUUAUAUCUCUACCCCAAUGGGUUCUGGAGAUUGGGAAAAGCAAUCAGGAUAUUUUCUUCACAGAUCGUGAAAGAAGAAGAAAUACCGAGUGCCUUUCAUGGGGCAUCGACCAAGAACGUGUACUCAGAGGAAGGACUGCCAUAGAAGUCUAUUUUGAUUUCAUGAGAAGCUUCCGGAUUGAAUUCGACGACUUAUUUACCGAAGGCCUCAUUUCUGCCAUUGAAAUUGGACUGGGAGCUUCUGGAGAGCUUAAGUACCCUUCUUUUUCAGAAAGGAUGGGAUGGAGAUAUCCGGGUAUUGGUGAGUUUCAGUGUUAUGAUAAAUAUUUGUUGCAAAAUCUCAAAAAAGCUGCAAAACUGCGGGGACACUCCUUCUGGGCCCGGGCCCCCGACAAUGCUGGUUAUUAUAAUUCUAAGCCGCAUGAAACAGGAUUCUUCUGUGAAAGAGGCGAUUAUGAUAGCUACUAUGGGCGCUUUUUCUUGCAGUGGUAUUCAAGUGUCCUGAUAGAUCAUGCUGAUAAUGUCCUCUCUCUUGCAAGCCUUGCAUUUGAGGAAAUGCAGAUAGUUGUGAAGAUUCCAACAAUUUACUGGUGGUACAAGACAAGAAGCCAUGCAGCAGAACUCACAGCUGGCUAUUACAACCCCUCUAAUCGGGACGGUUAUUCUCACUUGUUUGAAGUGCUUAGAAAACAUGAUGUGACUAUGAAAUUCGAUAUCCCAGAAUUGAAACCUUCAUAUGAGCCAAUGGACGACCCACUAUCAGACCCUCAAGGCCUGAGUUGGCAGGUUAUUAACUCAGCUUGGGAAAAGGGGCUGAGUGUGGCUGGUCAGAAUGCACAAGCUUGUUAUGAGAAAGAAGGGUUUAUGAGGCUAGUCAAGACUGCAAGACCGAGAAAUCAUCCCGAUUGCCGACACUUCUCCUUCUUUGUGUUUCAACAGCCUUUGCCUCUGGUCCAGAGAUCUAUUUGCUUCUCGGAAAUUGAUUACUUCAUCAAAAGCAUGCACGGAGAUGACGUUGACUGAUCAGGUCCGGAUUUUAUAAUGUACCAUUUUUCUUUCUGCAAAGAAAUUGACAUGCGAUUCCUCUGAAUGGAGAGUAUUGGCAUGAAAAUGAAAUGAAACAGGAAAGAUUCAAUUUACAGAAGAUUCUAUUAUCUCUAUUAAAUUAUGGUAUUAUGGUAAAGCGUGAGUUGUGCAAUAGAUGAGAUUCAUAAUUUUACCAUCUCCAAGGCAUUUCAAUUCAGGUUUCAAAAUUAUGGCAAAAGCGUGAGUUGUGUUAACGCCCAUCACACGCUGUAUUAGAUUAACAAAUACUCGUCUAAUUUUUGAAGCCC